ACUGAGGUGUAACACUGGCGUCAGUGCAACACAAGGUGCUACCUCAGUACGGUUUGUUACCAUUGUACACUUCCACAGACCCUCGUGUCGGUUAUAAUAACUCAAAGCGGAUAUUUAUAUUCAGCUGUUCCUGCUCUGAGCGGCACCGACAGAGACACCGGAGUCUUCUUCACUGAAGAUCGAUCCACUGCCUCAGCUUCUAGAUGGGUGAAUCCGGCUCACGCCGCUCCACCCUCGUGUCCCGCCUGCCAAUCUUCCGCCGCAGCAGCAGUAAGAGGCAGGACUCUCUCCCGUCCUCUCCCUCUUCAGGCGGACAGGGCAAUGGCGUCCACACCUCUUCGCCCUCUAGCACCAACUCCAGUUCUGGCAGCACCGGGAAACGCCGGAGCCUCUUCCGCACUCCGUCCCUCAGUUUCUCAGCUAAACGGAAUAGCGAUCCUCGUGUUCAGCCUAUCAACCUUAACCUCACACCCCCGCUGACCCAGAGCACUGACGCGAACGGAAAUAACCAGCAGACGAUAACGACGUCAUCGUCGACAGGCUUCAGUGAAGGCGGAGGACGCCCCAAGUCACGCCACUCGUUCGGGUUUGGCAGCCAUAAGCAAAAGAAAAUCACACGCUCUCAGACUGAGGAUUUUGAAAAGGCGUCUUCUUCCUCCUCCACAGCCAAUCGUAAUGUAUUUAUAAACUGUAUCAGUGGCUCAGGGGCCAAUGAGGGCGACGACUCCGGGUUCCUUGAUGACUACAGUGGUGGCAGCAAUAACAACAAACGGUCUUCACGGAAGAAGCAGCUGCUGCCCAAAUCUUUCUCAGCUCACCACCGCUUUUCCCGCACCUCCGAUCACCACAGACCUCCAGAAGUGAAUCUGGAGCCUCCGAGCUCUACCACCAUCACUCCCGGCGCAGGAGGGCUCACCCCGGGGUCAUGGCCAGGGGAGCUGCUUGGUGCCGGCGGUGAGAGCUCACUCCAGUCCCCUAUGAUAUCAGAGGACCGAACCACCGCCAUCACUCCUUCAGAGUUCAUCCCCAUCACGGAGGAUUCUGUAUCUGAGGUGGAUGCUCUGCCAGCUCCCAGCCCUGGAUCUGGUUUAACCCCAGGACCUGUCUCUGUGCCUGGGCUGGCUGUUGACACUGCUCCACCUGAACCGCCACCUGCUCCAGAGAACUUCAGCGUGGCUGUCUCUACCUCCCAGGUUUUCUUCACUCCGGCCCAGUCCAGCGCUGAGAAACCUCUACUCCCCGACACCAGCACAGCAAACAACACAGACUAUGAGACUGCCAUUUCCCUCUCAGAGCCUGAGACAGCUGUACCCUGCCUACCUCUGCGGGAACAAUCACUGGAAGAGAGGAAGGAGAGGGAGGAGGAGAGGAAGGAAGCGAGGGCUGAGGUGUCACCAGAGGAAAGGAAGAAGGUGGCGGAGGAGAGGAAGACAGGAUACCACACAGAGACCACAAGUGAGAGCGAGGCAUGUGUGGUACGCAGCGAGGGCUGCCACUCUAACCCCGAGCAGUCGGAAAGGAGGGCGAGAAACACGCGCUCUAUUCAAGAAAGAGGAAGCUUCUGCGGCUGCCACGAACCGAGGUCCUCUCAUCUGAGGAAACCACACGCAGCCUCUCUGUGCAGCAGUGUCAGCCCCUAUCAUGAGGUGAUGCGGAUGGAAAGGCGUCUUCGCUCCUCAUCGGAGGGGGCUGGUGGGCCUCGUAUCCAUGGAAACCACAGAGAUGCCCCGGGCAUGGAGGGAUGUGGUCUGCUGAAACACAGAAACAACUCUUCCUCAUCCAAAAUGGGAAGUCUGGAUGUUUUAAACAACCUGGGCUCGUCAGAGCUGGAUGAAGAUGAUCUUAUGUUGGACCUGGACCUUUCGGAUGAUCAGCGACAUCGACAUGUGUCCAGAGAAGACUCCAGCCAGUCCCUGGCCUCCUGUCUCAACCUGCUCCACUCCCCCAUGGACCCAUCAGGAGAUCGCAUCCCAGGGAGAGAAAACAAUCAAAGGGAGCCCAGCCGUCCAACCAGCCUGCUGCCUGCUGACUGGAGCUCGGGGCUGGGUUUGGGGAGGGAAGAUGAACCCUUACCACCAGGACUGGAGACCCUUCCAUUCCGACUGAUGCAGCAGGACUGUACUGCUGUCAAAACCCUGCUUUUAAGACUGAGACGGACGCUGCAGGAGAGCACAGAGACGAGUCCUGCCAGCAGCCUCCAGUCCCUACCCAUCAGCCCCUGCAGUGAGAAGUCCCUUCCAUUUAAGGAUCCUGGCAGAGAGGAGGCCUUGCUGCAACAACUGAGAGAGAAAGACGAGCUGAUUCUCAGACUUCACAGUGAACUGGAGAGUGCCAAAGCUGCCCUGAAGAUGAAAGACUGCCAAAUGACUGACCGCGCAACACAGACAGAGCACAUGGGGCCAGAGACCAGUCAUCCAGGCCGGUGGUCAGGACUAGGCAGCAGCAGCAGCCUGGCUACAAGGGACCGAAGAGUAGCGCGGGGUGUGGGGGCACCACUCGGAGGGGACCUCUGUAACCAGCACCUCCCCCACCACUAUCCACCUCUGCACGGCCGGCCUCCUGCCUCUGAACGACAUGCUGCCAGGGAGGAGCGCCACUGCCAGGGAGUCUUGGCACAGCCCACAGCCCGUAACCCCGCUCCAAAUCUGGCUCCAGGCUCCUCCAACUCGUCCUGUGCCACUUCUGCAGUGUCAGCCCAAGCCUCACUUACUACUCCAGCCCAGCUUCAAGUUUCACACCCGGGCCUUGGUCCAAAUCAAUGCCUAGGCUCCGGCUCAGCAGCUGCUAAUCACUCCGCAAUUCCAUCUCUGUCCUCCAGGCAGCCAGAGGGGGUGUCCUCCUCUUCUGAGUCCUUAAUUUCAGGAGGAGGAGGUGGGGUGAGUCUGUCAGGUGGGGCGAGGAGAGGAGGAGGAGAGCACCACCCCCCGAGCCAUAUCCCUCGCGCAGUUGGAGCGAGCGCCUCCUCAAGCCUCCACAGUCUCGCAAGCAGAGGGAGCCCCUCCCCAAGCGUCUCAUCGUCCAUCCAAGCCUCCCCUCCACCUGCUAAUCCUUCCCCAGCCUCCUCCUCUUCCUCCUCCUCCUCUUCCACGUUUACGGGUCGUUUAGGACAACCACCUCGAGGCCCUCUGUCUCUGCAUAGCUACAGUCGUAAAAAUGUCUUCCUCCAACAUUCCCUACAGACUGCCGAACUGCAAGCUCUGACGCAGAGAGACAGUUGAGGGCGCACACACAUUGACACCAUCCAUAUUGACUUGAGCAAGAAAUGUGUGACUUUGUAGAGAAACUGCUGCUCCUUCGGUACAAGUUGCUUGUGUUUCACUGUUCUACUUCCCCCUGAAUCCAUCAACCACAUGCGCUUACAAUCACGCCUGUCUCUCUUUACAAUUCAGACCAAACCUUCGCUGACAUUUUGUUCUUAGAUUUGCUCGUUUAAACACACUCAUAUGCAAGGUCACACACACACACACACACACACACACACACACACACACACACACACACACACACAUCAAGCUGUGGGUAUGAAAAAGGCACUCACCCGUCUAUCAGAACUCCCACGUUGUGUCACGCUGACAGUUUAGAUGUGCUUACGCCCACAGACACACAAAGUGCACAGAGACUCGUAUCCAUGCACACAUACAGAUCACAGUCACACACACUUAGAAACACACUCUCACACAGAGACAUCAUCUGUGAUAUCUCUGCCUCACAAUCUGCACAAAUAACAGGGUGUUGAAACUGAAGGCAGAGAUGAGGUUUGUAUUUGUGUUGUUAAAGAUUUAUUUUUAUCCAUUUAUUUGAUUAUUUUUUAAAAGUGAAACCAUGUGCUGCUCAAUGAACUAUGGGGCUGCCCAUCAUUUGCGCUGGUGAAAAUACACUGUCACAUUGCUAAAUCCUACAUCAGAUCAACUCUUCAUUCCGUGAUGUCCGCUGACAGAAGUCCAGAUGACAAGACAUCCACAUCCACGACCCUUUUACUGCAUGCUUUUUAAAAACGAAGGAGAAUACAGGUGAGCAUUUUAUACCGCAACAAAAGCAGGACCUGGGUGACUUUUAAAGUCUUUUAAUAACGUUUCAGUAUCAGCUCUUGAGAAGGGAUUCAAACAUGCCAGAACCUCCGACCAAGACAUGAGCUUGUUGAGUGUUUUGAGAAGUAAACGUUUAUCCUUCUGCUCACAUACGCCGAUCAGCCACAACAUUAAAACCACUGACAGGUGGGACCUGCUGGUAACCCCAAAUGUCCUGUGUCCAUGCCGCGACAGCUCAGAGCCAAGUGCGAUCGACAGUGGGGCCUCCUUCAGUGUCCCGUGUUGGCACCAGGGUGUUGGCAGUAGAUCCCUUGAGUCCUGUGGGUUGAGAGGUGGGGCCCCCAUGGGUCAGACUUGUCUUGGCACGUCAUGUGGAUGCUCAAUUGGAUUGGGAUCUGGGGAAUUGGAUGCCAGGUGGAUGCCUUGAGCUCUUUGUCUUGUUUCUCAGGCCAUUCCUGAGCAGUUUUUGCAGCGUGGCAUGGUGCAUUAACCUGCUGGGUGGGCCGCUGCCAUGGGGAGUGCUGUUGCCAUGAGGGGUGCAUGUCAAGUGGCAUCUAUAUGAAUGUCAGGACCCAAGGUGUCCCAGGAGAACAUUGGUUUGUAACAAGAUGAUCAAUGUUAUUCACUUCACCUGUCCGUGGUUCGCAUAUUGUGGUUGAUUCGUGUGUAUAAGACAUUAGAAGUACCUUUGGCUUUACACUGGACCACAGUUUUUAUACAAGUGCAAUGUUGCAAUAUUACCCACAAUAUAUAUAAGAGAAAUGUGUAUCUGCAAUGUUAGAUUAGUACAGUACAGAAGUGAAGAGUGUCAUUCCAAAAUGAGAGGUCUGCCAUUUGAAUAAUUUGGCAUUUAUAAAGACAAAAUUACACUUUAGUAACUCAAAAUCAAAACACAUCGGACAACAAGAAAGAAUAGAACAAGAUCUGGCACAACCAGCAUUAUGUAUUUUUUCCAAAAUGGGAAAGAAGUAUCAGUUUUUUUGGAAUGAAGCUCUUCAAAUCUUCUUUGGGGCUGGGUAUUGAAGUGGGAUACCUACUGGUGUCUUGCUAAAUGACAGAAUCAAUAUCCAUUUUAAGGAUUUAAAAGGAAAGAUGUUUCAGAUAUUGGUGUUACAGUUAGCUGACCUGCUUUCUAUGACAGUUUUAGUGGCGCAUCAAUGGAGUAGAGUCUGAUUCUGUCUGGGGAAGCAAGCGGCAGAACAAAUGUUGCACAGAAAGUUGUUUACUUGGUCAAAUAAUGAAAAGAAAGAUACAGAAAGCAUGAGUUUCCAAACUGCCCCAUUUGGAAAAGCGUCAGCUCUAAGGUUUUCCACUGAUACCCAGUCCUUAUGUGCUAGCCUUUUUUAUCUUCCUGAUCUCAAAUGUGUUGGCUAUCUCUUACCUAAUGAGAUGACACUUGGUAUAGAAAGGCUAGCAAUUACGUAGUUUUUGGACAGUAGGACUCAUACCUUUUGAUUGAGAUUUAUAUUGAAACUGCCAUGACCUGCUGAGUCGUACAUUAUUAACACUUUGGGGACAACAUGUGUCACAAUUUGAUAAGUGAGAAAACCGAAAAUGUUGUUUUUUUUUUAGAUCUGUGAACAACUGGGCUGCAUACCACCCUCCUCAAUCUGCCAGUGUUGAAUAUAUUUGCUCUGUUGAGCUGAAUAGACUCCCGAACAGCCCUUUCUUUCCACACAGGCUUUGGGGUAAACAAAUCUUGUAAUGUCAACCGGGAGGUAGGGGAGCCUACGCUGCUGCUAAGUACAGGCCAGAAGUUCACAGCUCCCGGCGUCUACAGAAAAUGUUAGAAUCUGGAAAAAGUUGUUGACCUUGUCUGUCUCUAAACAGCACCUGGCUGUAGGGAGGUUAUAUAAAUUGUGUGUGUGUGUUGUAAUGCACACCUCAUGAGGCAAGGACCUGAUAGAGGUGAAGAAAAGCCUGCAGGAAGACAGCUCCUCUCCCACUGGUGGUAACUACGAGUUUCCCUCUGGCCUGUUUCACUUACACAUGAUUUCCUCUCUUUUCAUACCCCCUUUUCCCCUCUGUCUUCUCUCUCUGUCCCUGUUUAUUUCUCCACCCUAUUUUCCAUCUGUCUACUCCAGUCUCUCCCUAUACAUUUGCCUCCUUCUAUCCCCUAGCAUUCUACUCUACUGCAUGCAAACUCUGUAGCUCCUUUUGUUCCUGUCCUCUUUUUCAAUCUGUUAUCUUCCUUCCCCCACUAUCAUGUCCCAGGUCUCUCCCUCCCUCCAUCUCUCUCCCCUGCUCAGCGUACUUAUCCAGAGCUUGUAUUGUCAUACAGUGUAUCUGUAACAGACUCUGUUGCCGUGGCUCUCAGUCCUGGGCAUUGGGGCCUGAUUUUCAUUCCAGCUGUCUAAUCGGGGAGUAAUUUUCCACCUGGUGAAUGCAAUUAACUACCUGGUAGUGUAGAUGGCCAGCAGUAAUGUGGCUCCGGAGGACCCGGACUGAGAACCGCAGCUCUAAUGUGAACUAAACAUUCCCUGCUUGGUUUGUUUACAUGCUGAGGGUGACAAUGCUGUGUCGCUGGCUGACCUCUUAAGAAAUACUAUUUACAUCCCCAGUCAACGCCUGCAUCGUAAUGUCGUUGAUGCUAUGUGAAAUGUCAUAAGGGACUAUUGGACUCUAUUUGCACUGCCCACUCCGAUAUUUCUUUUCACCGUGUUUCAAACGGCUGUGCUCAUUUUAGCUGCAGUUCCUCAAAUGGCCUCUGGAGGCUGCCUCCAAAAGUGAGUAAGUCCCCAUUAACCCCCAUGUUGAAAUGCUUAACUUAACAGCAGAAAUACAAUGUUUACAGCCUGAUAAAAAAAAACAAACAGUUUAGGUCUCUAUAGCUAAUUUCCGGGUUCAUGACUACUGUGCAUGAGGUAAAUUUAUAUAUAACUCACCCAUUUACAUUUUAUUAAGGCUUAAGGUAAUUCACAAAUCAGAUGUGGGUGCUUUGAGUGGCAGGCUGUCUGUGUGGCGUCACCGCCAUCUUUGAGUCAGAUCCACCCCUCCCUAUGGUCACUUCUGGCCUCAAAAAUCCAAGAUGGUGACACCCAAAACGCCAAAUUUAAGGUUUAAGAACAGGAAAUUACAAACCCGUAGGUGAUGCCACGGUGUCUAUGUUCAUUAUUUUUUAUAUAAUCUGUUGCUCAAAUUGGAAAUCACAACGGUAGGCUGCUGGUUAUGAGACAUAUCAUUAAAGGGACAAAGCCACAUCUGAGCUGAUGGCUCAAAUGUGGCUCUGCGGUCUAACUAAGACACUUUUGCUUGUGUAAUUGUCGGCGUGAACUGAUAUUGAAUUUCACUGCUGGGAAACAAGGGUCUGCAAUCAUGAAGUGGGCACACCUCACAAACCUCAAUUCUUCAUUUUACUUGGCGGCAUGUUGUGCAUUUAAGACACAUUUCGUUUGUUGGGAAGUUAUUUAUUGUUUUCUGCCUUAUUUAUAUUUAUUGCCAUAGAAUCAGUUUCCUUAAAGCAUCCUGGCACUAACAGAUAAAGGUAGUGGUCAUUAAAUGACAGUUAUAAUCAUGAUGUUAUUAUUAUUAUUAUUAUUAUUAUUAUUAUUAUUAUUUUAAUGAAUCACACAUAUUAAACUGUCCUAGCUUUUUAAUGUGCUUAUUGUAAUUAUGUUUUUUUUUCUUUAUGAACUGCUGUAAUAAUGAAAUUGAGCUGUAUAUUUGUACAUAAUUUAUUGUAACUGUUGAUGUUCACUGUUCAUGAACACGAACAAUUCAUGUUCAUGUUAAUGACACAUAAAGGGACAGUUUUCCUCAAAAUCAAAAAUACAUUUUCCCUCCUACCUGUAGUGCUAUUUAUGAAUCUAGAUUGUUCAGGUGUGAGUUGCCAAGAGUUGGAGAUAUCGACCGUACACGGUAUUGGGAAGUAACAAGUUACAUGUAAUUCAAAUACAAAAUAAAUUUAAUCAGUUACUGAAAAAAAGAAAAGAAAAAAAAAACAUAUGUAAUUGAAUUACAGUUACUAAUCAAAAUGUUGGUGGUAACAAUGAGGUUACAUCCGAAUAUAUUAUUAUUGGGAAAAUGUUUAUAUGUAGGAUGUAACAUUUAUUCUGUUGCCUGACAUCUUUUUGCCAUGUUGGAAUGCCUUCUUUCGGCACAGACUAUUUCAGGACAUUUUUCUUUUCAGCCCAGUUCAAACCAUUUGUUAGAAAAGUCAUCAGAAAGUAAUCAGAUUUAGUAAGUUUCCGGUAUAUUACUUUAAGUUUUAAAAAGAGUUGCAUUGCUUAUUACAUUUUUGACAGGGUGACUUGUAAUCUAUGACCAAUUACAUUUCAAAAGUAACCUUCUCAACACUGGCUGUUGAGAUGUCAGUCUUCUCUUGAAUAUAAUGGAACUAGAUGGCACUUGGCUUGUGGUGCUCACAUUUGAAAAACUCAACAGCAAUGUCUCUUUCCAGAAAUCAUGACCCGGUUACUCAAAAUAAUCCACAGACCUUGUUGUGAGCAGUUUCAUGUAGGAACUAUUUUCUCUCUACCAAAGUACACCCGCUAAACUUAUCAUCAUGCAGAAGGUAGUGUGCAUCUACUCACGUACAGGGGACUCGGCGGCAUCCUCCUGAGCUGAACUGUAACAUUCGCUGAGCCAGCAGUAGACACAAGUUUCCUUCCAGUUGGUGGGUGUAGUUGAGUAGAAAGAAAAUAGUUCUUGCAUGAAACUGCUCACAACAAAGUCUUAAAAUUAUUUUGAAUAACCAGGUCAUGAUCUCUGGAAAAAUACACUGCUGUUGAGUUUUUCCAAAUGUGUUUAUCUAUAAAUUUUUGGCACUUUGAGCACCACGAGCUGAGUGCCAUCUAGUUCCAUUAUAUUUAACAGAAGGCAGACGUCUCUACAGCUGAUAUCUCAGUAACACUCGGCACCUCACACCAAAACAAUCUAUAAAUGACACUACAUGUAAAGAAAAGGAAAAACGUGUAUUUUUAAAUUGGGGGUCUGCACUGUCUCUUUAAGAAUAACGUUCACAGACAUUGUUUGUUGGCUAAUAACAAAUCUAAACACAACAAGAAUAUUUGUGUCAUUGACAAAUGUCAGAUGCAGUCGGAGGUCUGAGCUUUUACCAAAGUGUUUGAGGCUGUAGUGACACAUCAGAAAACAAUCUGACAAACGUGUUAAACUGUGAACCCGUGCCAGUUUGUUCAUGUAAGGGCCAGUUGACUUGCUUAUAUAGGUGUCGGGUCACUUAAUCAACUUUUCCCUCUUUGAAUUCCAGCCUUUGCACUAUGACUAUUCCUGCUUGAGAUUACUUUGAAAGACAUGACUUUGCCUAACUGUGUCCAAAAGGUGGAUGACGAUCUAUUAAAGCUGCUUUUUCAUUUGUGUCUAUGUAACACUGUUGGGUAGAUUCUCACUGUGAGCCUCUGACCUGGUAGCUCAUAUAUUUAUAAGGGGGUUUUCCAAACACAUCUGUCUUCAUAGAGUUGUUUUUCACUUUACAUGGUCCUGACCAGUUUUGAAAUUUCAUCUGUUUGUUAGAAACUGUUUGUUGGGCUCAUCUGUGGUUAAAAACCUUGCAGUGUGUGUUUACCCAAAGGUAUUUUUCUUCAGUUUCUGUCCAACAUAUAUUUUUUUGGGUCACUCUCACAGUUGUUUAUUCACAUGAAAAAUGUUUGAUUUUUGUCCACUGUCUCCUUAUUGUUAAUAUUUAAUACAAAUAAAAUUGAUGAAAACA